CGCGAUAGAUGGCAUUCGGGUCGCGCGCCGUAUCCGCACGGACGUACGUUGCAGCAGCGAGCAUUCACUUUAUCGUUAACAAUAUUUCAGCGUUCGCUUUUUUGUUCAAAUCCUUUUCUUGUGCUCUUGACUCAAAGUUGUUUUAACAGAUUUUUAUUUUACAAAUUGAUGUAGUCUUUCGUUAUAGUUUUAUGUUGACAAUGGAGUAAAAACAGUGCCGGUGACAAGGGUGAUGUGAAUUGUGUUGUGUUGUGAUUGAGAUGUGCCUUGUGUAGUUCUAGUUAGAAUGGGGUAUGCGUCGGCUGGCACGGGGCGGGCGGCGCACGAGGCUCUGCUGGCCCGGCAGGACGCCGAGCUGCGGCUCAUGGAGACAAUGAAGAGGAGUCUUCAGGCCAAGAUGAAGAGCGACCGCGAAUACGCCCUCGCCCUCUCCGCGGCCGCUGCCCAGGGCCAGAAGAUGGACAAAUGCGAGGAACUUAACGGCUCCGUGAUAGCCUCAGCCUGGCGCACCAUGACUGAAGAGUGGGAGAACACGAGCCGGCAGAUCAAGGCAAACGCCGAGGCGCUGGAGGCGCGCGCGGUGGACCGCCUCACCUCGCUCAUGGCUGAGCGGCGGAAGGCCCGCAAAGUGUACCAGGAGGACCACGCGAAGAUAUCCUCGCAGUUCACACAGCUGUCCGAGGAGGUGACGCGGAAGCAGAGCGAGUACCAGAAGUGCCUGGAGUCGUACAAGCAGAUGCGCGCCAAGUUCGAGGAGAACUACCUUAAAUGUAAGUGUCCAACCAGUCGCGGCGGUCGCAAGCUGGACGAGACUCGGGACAAGUACGGCAAGGCGUGCCGGCGGCUGCACCGCGCGCACAACGAGUACGUGCUGCUGCUGGCCGAGGCCACCGAGUGCGAGCGCGCGCUGCGCACGGCCGCGCUGCCCGCGCUGCUCGACCAGCAGCGGCGGCAGGGCGAGGCCACCGCCACCUCCUGGAAGAAUAUCCUUCUGGAGGUGGUGCAGCGGUCGGACUUCAGCACGGACAAGUUCCGAGAGAUCCAAAGCAAGGUGGACUCCACCGUGCAGAAUCUCAAGCCUCACGAGGAGUACAAGGAGUUCAUAGAGAAGUACAAAUCACCCCCCUCAACGCCCGUGUCGUUCACGUUCGACGAGAGCCUCGUGGAGGACACGAGCGGCAAGCUGCAGCCCAAUCAGCUGACCGUGGACAACCUUACUGUGGAGUGGCUCAAGGAGAAACUUACGGAGCUCGAGGGCGCGCUGCAAGACAAUAGGGAAAAACAGGCGCAAUUGGUCCCGGAGACGAAUGGCGUCUGCAAGAACAACAACACCAGCCUCAUCAACGGCGUCAACGGGAUCGAUAGGCAUUCGCCCCCGCCGACCCCGGCGGCGGCGUCCGAGCCGGUGAAGCUGCUGGAGCUGCGGAUGGCGGAACGCAAGUGCGCCAAGCAGGCUGAGAUGAUCAGGUCGGCGCUGGCGGAGCUGGGCUGCGAGGAGGCGCCGAGCGGCUGCCCCGACCUGUCGGCCGAGACCGUCGGCGUCGACAGCCUCGACGGCAGCUCGCCCGACCACCAGGAGCGUUCCUCGAUCGGGUCGAAAACGUCGACCGAGGCGCUGCGCCUGCGCCUGCACUCCAUAAUCCCGCCGCGACCCUUCUUCCGCCUGCUCGCGCGCCCCUUCCGCCGCAAGUCCGUGCCCUCCAGCCCCGCGCUGCCGCCCAGGACCCUCCGCAGCUGCAGCGAGGGGCCCGCCGACUCGGUGGGGCUGGAGGCGGAGCGGUCGCUGGUGGAGCAGGAGUGGUUCCACGGCGUGCUGCCGCGCGAGGAGGUGGUGCGGCUGCUGCGCGCCGACGGCGACUACCUCGUGCGCGAGACCACGCGCAACCACGCGCGCCAGCUCGUGCUCUCCGUCUGCUGGGGGCAGCACAAGCACUUCAUCGUGCAGACCACGCCCGAGGGCCACUACCGGUUCGAGGGCGCGGCGUUCCCGUCGGUGGCGGAGCUGAUCGCGUGGCAGCGCACCAGCGGCGUGCCUGUCACCGCGCGCUCCGGGGCCUUGCUGCGCCGCGCCGUGCCCAGGGAGACGUGGGAACUAAAUAACGAUGACGUACAGCUACUCGACAAGAUCGGAAGGGGCAACUUUGGCGACGUAUACAAGGCGCGGCUAAAGACGACAGGGCAGGAGGUAGCGGUGAAGACGUGUCGGGUGGCGCUACCCGAGGAACAGAAGCGGACCUUCCUGCAGGAAGGAAGGAUCCUCAAGCAGUACCAGCACCCCAACAUCGUGCGGCUCAUCGGCAUCGCCGUGCAGAAGCAGCCCAUCAUGAUAGUCAUGGAGCUGGUUUCAGGCGGCUCGCUGCUGACGUUCCUGCGUGCGCGCGCGGCGUCGCUGACGGCGCGCGCGCUGCUGGGCAUGUGCCGCGACGCGGCGGCCGGCAUGCGCUACCUGGAGUCCAAGAACUGCAUCCACCGCGACCUCGCCGCGCGCAACUGCCUCGUGGCCGACGACCACGCCGUCAAGAUCUCCGACUUCGGCAUGUCGCGCGAGGAGGAGGAGUACAUCGUCUCCGGCGGCAUGAAGCAGAUACCCAUCAAGUGGACCGCGCCCGAGGCGCUCAAUUAUGGAAAGUACACGUCCCUGUGCGACGUGUGGAGCUACGGCGUGCUGAUGUGGGAGAUCUUCUCCAAGGGCGAGACGCCCUACGCCGGCAUGACCAACUCGCGCGCCCGGGAGAAGAUCGACUCGGGGUACCGCAUGCCGGCGCCGGAGGGCUGCGGCGAGGACGUGUACGCGCUCAUGCUGCGCUGCUGGGAGUACGAGCCCGACAAGCGCCCGCACUUCCACCAGCUCUACACCGCCAUCGACGCUAUCUACAACAGAUAGUGCGACACUCUGCCCGCUGUACUGUGCUGUGCUGUAUAUCCGACGAGCGAGAUAUUGUGCGCCGUCUGUGCUGUGCAAUGUGCAUAUAACAUUUAGGUACACCGCUGCUGUUAUACACUACCGCAGCAGAUCGCUGCAGUAGAAGAAGAGCCCGAGCGAUAUCUCACCGUUCUAAUGGUUUUGCUGUUUUUGCGGGAGGGGCACAUCAAAUGUAAGACUAUUGAGUUGGGACGUACAAUUAGCAGUUCAUACAAUAGGUACCGAUGAGCAACAUUUUUAGCAAAAGGGAAACAGUGCAACUGCGUAGUCCCUUCAGUGCUACUUGAAGGGACCGUGUGACUCCUCGUCACGGGGAUAAUAUAAGUAGCCUACGGCAUGAACUAUCAAUAAAAUUGUUUUAAAAUCGAUACAAAAUAAAUGACAACGAGCAAGCUAUUUCCGUCAGUAGUAAGGUGCGCAAGAUUGUCAUGCCACUGAAGAAUAAUUGAAUAGCUCCUUUUUCUCUGACAAAGUUUGUUUGCCUGAGUAGAUGUGGUCCGAAGGUUGCACUACUAUGAAAUGGUAGAGAUAGGUAGAUGACAAACGACCACUUUUCGCAAACAUACAUGCACUUUACAUACAUGUAAGCAUACAUGACUUUAGAAUUAAUAGACCUUUCGUAAACUCAUUGCGACAAACGUAACAGACAAAUUAUUUGUGAGUCCACCUACCAUUAUUGGAAUUGUUAUAAAAUAGUAAUACUUACAUGAAUCUGUAUUCUCGCCAACAUUAGAUAUUUACUUUAG